GCUGCAAGGCGUGCCAUGUGAUACUGAGGGGAGGUGCGGGCGUCCUGACAGAGUUAGCUGGUCCUCAUACUUCACAUCACUCCAGAUCAAGGCAACCCCGGGGCGGAGCAGCACUGUAUAGCUCGUCAUUUGGACGCUUUGGAUACUUGCUGCUUGCUGUAACACAGUCGUGCCAUCUUUGAGGGCUGCUGUUAGUUUUUUAGAGACCUAAGUUCACCUUAUUGUGAUUGUGCGCCAUGGGAGCAGAGAGCUCAGUGCCGCGGGACGGGAAGAGCCAGGAAGAUGCCCCAGCUUCAGCCUCAGCCUCCGGCGGGGAUCUCACUGCGGAGGGGUCUGUGCUCCAGGAAAGGAGCAGCGUCACCGACAGCAAGCCUCUGGUGAAAAAUGGACAAAUCUCCAGCAUGACGAGUCUGAAUGGUAACUCGGAGGACAACACCCUGGGAGAAGUUGGCCAGCCGGAUGGUGUGGUCCAGAAGGAGGAGGCUCCUGAGACCAUGGACACCAUUCAGGGAGAAGUGGCUCCUCAAGUGAACGGCGAGAAAGUGGAGAAAGAGUCUCCCGAUGCCAAUGACAUCUCUGCUGUUGAGGAGAAAGCAGCGGAGGAGAAACCUGGUGAUGCCAAUGAAGUCGGCUUCAAGAAGAUCUUCCGCUUUGUGGGCUUUAAGUUCACACUGAAGAAGGACAAGAGUGAGGACAAGGAUCCUGUGAAGCUUCUCACAGUCAAAGAUAAGGAAGAGGAGGUGAGUGGGACCGAUGAACCUACAAAGGAGCAGGAAGAGGAGAAGAGCCCCACCGAAGAAAAGGAGGCUGAUACAGAUGUAUCUACUGCCGAGGCGGAGGUCAUUAAAGAUGAUAAAGCUGAAUCUAGCGAUGCCCCAGCUGAGGGCACUGCCGCUGAAGCUACUGAUGAAGCAGUCAAGGAGGGAGCAGCUGAGAAGGAAGGCGAGAUCACUCUGUCCCCCUUCAGGAAGCUCUUUAGUACAGGACUCUUCUCUAACCUGAGAAAGAAAGCCAGUGUCAAGAAGACGAAAGAGGAGGAAGACAAGGAGCCAGCUGUUGAGGAGGAGGCAACAAAGACAGAAGAAACGACUGAUGUUGUGGAGGAAAAAGAAGAGAAAGAUGAGGCGAAGCAAGAAACUAAUGAGGAGGCACCAGCAGCUCCAGAGGAAGAGAAAACAGAGACGUCCCCAGAGGCCACAGAUGAAACUAAUGCUGCUGAAACUACUGAUGACACCAAACAAGAAGAGGAAAAGGCUGAAGCAGAGGUGACUUCUGAGGCUGAGCUGCUGUCAUCACAGGAGAAGGUGAAAUCCCAGGGAAGCCCCCUGAAGAAGCUUUUCACCGGAGCUGGCUUGAAGAAGCUCUCAACUAAGAAACAGAGGGCCAAGAGGGAAGCUGAGAAGAAGCUCACUGAGUCUGGGGAGCAGGCAGGUGAGCAGCUUCAAUCCUCCACUGAGUCAGGAGAGGCCCCAAAGACUGACAGUGGGCCCACAUCCCCCGAAGAGUCUGUGGAGGUGACACCGAUUGAAUCCAGCCAAGAGACUGACGGCGAAGUUGCCUCCGAUGGAGAGAAGAAAAAAGAUGGUAUCAUCGCCUGGUCCUCAUUCAAGAAACUAGUGACACCCAAGAAGCUUGUAAAAAGGUCUUCUGAAAGCGAUGAUGAAGCCACAGGUGAGAAACCAGCAAAGUCAGCCACCCUGUCCUCUUCUGAGAGUGCCCCGUUAGCAGAUACAAGUGUUGAAGAGGAGGCUCAGGAGGAUAAGCCGACUGAGGAAGAGCCAAAAACCGAAAACACUGAGAAGCUGGUCAGCAGCACGGAGGAGCCGAAAAGGAAAAUGGACACCUCUGUCUCCUGGGAGGCCCUAAUGUGUAUGGGUGGACCCAAGAAGAGGACAAGGAAGACCUCUGAUUCUGACGAUGAGGAGACCAAGGUUGAAGAGGAACCUGCAGCAGAGGCAGCGGUAGAAGGGGAGGAGCAGGAGGUAGAAGCUGAGCCUGCCAUUGUCACUUCCCAAAACUCCGAAAGUGAUGGUGAAGUUGCUUCUUCCCCUGAACCUUCAUGCCCCGCCACUGAGAGAGAGUCCACCUGGGACACACUGAAGCGCAUGGUUAUGCCAAAGAAUAAGGCCAAAGUUGAGGAGAAGCCAGAGGAGGCUGCGGAACAAGUCCUGUCAGACAGUGAAGCGCCAAAAGACGAGUCAUCUUUCUCGUUGAGGAAGCUCUUCCCUGGACGCAGGAAGAAGAAGGCUGAAAAACAGGCCUCCACUGAACAGGGUGAGGAGGACUCUGACACCCCAGCUGUGGUUCCCCUCUCAGAUUAUGAAGACCAAGUUGAAGCUGAACAGGAAGCACAAGAAGAGGAAGCUCCAGCAGAACCUACUGAGGUCCAGAUUAAAGUAACCGCUGAAGAUAGAUCCGCUGAAGAUAGAUCCCCUUCAUGGAUCGCAGCCGCCGUCGAGGAAGGUGAUGACAAACACGAUCAGCUGAGUGACAUACCAGAGGAGGCUGAGAACGCUGCCACGCCUAAAUCUGUUGACACUGACAUCGCAGAGGAUGAAGACAAGGAGCCAUCCCCUAAACCCCCCAGGAGUACUGGGCGCAGACUCUCCACGGCUGAGGUAAUGCCUUUCGCUCCAGCUCCAUCUGCGGAAACCACUCCUGUUCCUCGGGGUCCCAACGCAGAAAGUGCCGUAGUGGUUUCGGAGGGCAUUAAUGCUCAAGUUACCGAAAUUCCACCCCAGGUAGAUGUGACUGUUGAAGAUGUACCAACUGAGGAAGCUUCUGAGAAAACUGAGUAUGAACCACCAACUCAGAAGGUUGAGACCAGCACAUGUACUAUCCUGCGGCCACACGCUUGUGACGAGGCCAUGGCUAUCUGCACUGGCCUAGGAACCAAGGAGAUCGCCAAAGUGGCUAUGGAGAAACCAGCAAUGCCCAUUGCAGAGUGUGUGGCCGUGAUCCAUGAUAGUGUAAGCACAGAGAUGACAGUGAUGCAGAAGCCACCAAGUGCAGAAGAAGCCAUUCAUUCAGAAGAUGCCGUGCUCAUUGCCCAAGUGCACCAAGUAGAGGCUACCGAGCUCGAGCCUGCGGUUGAAAGUGAUUCGUCAGACCUUCAGGCGGCCAGUGUGAGCCUGGAACCAGGGCUGGAUCAGGUUGGAAUUGUCAGUGUUCAGGAGUCUGAAAUCAUCACGCCUGCUUCAUUGACCGAGAACUCUCCUAAAGCUUUUGUGGUGGAUCCCAUUACACCAACAUUUGAAACAGCUGUUUGCACCCAGAGCGUAGCAGUCACUGAGCCAACUGUGGAGACCAAGGAAAUCAAAUUGAAUGUGGAGCAGCUUGCUGCCACUGAAGAAAACAUUGGAAAAGAGGUAAUUCAGAGUGUGACUAAAGAGGUUGCUGCUACCAUUUGUGAAAGAGCAGAGACCAGCAUCACAGAGGAGACCGAGCCAGCCACCCAUCUCAUCGUACCAAGUGAGGAGGUUGUUAUUGCCGAAACACUGGUGCUUGUGGCCCCAGCCAAUGAAGACGCAUCAGAAAUUGAAAAUGCACCUGAGACAGUCGUGGAAAAGGUGGAGGAAAUCAUCGAGCAGACCAGCGAAAUUGAAGCUCAGAGUAUGGUCAUUGCCCAUAAUGUCAUUCAGGAUGCCGUGGAUAAAGUUUCAGAAGACAAGCCUGAAUCCGAAGAUUCCGACACCCCAGCACCAGCCAAGGCCAUCGCAACAACAGAGGAAGAGAUUGAGAUAUCAACCGAGGGCCCUGUUAUUACAGAAACCCCUGUUGCUGUUGAGUGCAAAGCCCCAAAGUCACCCAAGCUGCUUCAUGUUGCCAUGGAGGUCAUUGACACAACCAUCGUAGAAGUUACAGGGAGCCUUGAUGCCUCUGUAGAAGAGAACAAACCAGAAGAAGAGUUGAAGAAAGAUGUGGAGGUAAAAGUAGGUGAAGAAACGAUCGUAUUGGAAGAAGUGGUUGAGAUAAAGUCAGAGAGUCAGACGGAGGUGGAGCUUGAAGAGGUCAAAGAAGAACAGAGCAAAGAAGAAGCAGAGGUUAAGGAAGCAGAGGUCGAAGAGAAAGCUGAGGAAGUGGAACCACGACCAGAGGAAGAAAAGUCAGAUUCCCCUUCAGAAGAGAACAAAGAGAACGUGCUUGAGAUUCACAUGCCAGUCCAAGUCGUUCUGCAGACGGCUCAGGUGUUCGAGGAACCAUCGGUGGAAGAAGAGGCCGCGGUGGAGUUUGACAGCAACGGCCCUGUGGCUGAAGACACCAACGUAAAACCAAAGAAAGCUACAAAAGAAAACCAACUCUCAACGCUGUCAGAAGAACCCCAGGUGCCAGCUGCAGCAGAGGUUUCCACUCCCAGCCAGGACACAGAGGCAGAGGCACCGGGAGCACCGUCGGGGAAGUGUGCGGAGGUGAUGGCGCAGGUGAUGGAGGUGAUCGAGGAGGCUGUGAAGGAGAUCGAGCCUGUGUCCACAGAGAUCACAGCAGCAUCAUGAGCAGCUGGAGAUACAUUAUUGAUGCCUGGGAGACACACUGUCUGGACCAGGAAGUGAGUGAUGAGGGAGCGAGAGAGAAAGAGAGAGAGAAUGAAAGAGGCUGGGACCGGGCUCCUCCCAUCCCGCCCAGAGAGACUGAGUGACUGAGCAACAGCUCCGCCAUUCUCUCCACCUCCCAACCAACUGUACUCCAACCCCAUCCUGCAGCCCAGUCACCGCUAAACGUGACGUCCCACCGCCAUAUCCUCACCCUUCACCCGCUCUCAUACACACGCACACUAAAGCAUGUCCUGGCUUGUCAUCAAUGUGAUGUGUGUUCAGUGACUUUCCAUUGCCCUUGCUGCAUAAGACAAGAGUCUGCAACCUGGUCGAGUGUGUAUCUGUUCAUAUGUGUGUUUGUAUGUGUAUAGUACGGAGAGUAGGCUGGUGUCAGAAGGUGAUGAGAUGGAGGAUUAUUAACUUGUAUAUUGUAUUUAUAUCUUGAAUAUUCUUUCAUUCACCCCUAUUUUUUUUGUCUGAAUAUUGUUACCUUGUUGUUUUUAAAAUACCCAAAUGAUACUGUGAUACAUCAGGUAUUUGUUUGAGCAACAUUAUGAUGAAGGGGUAGUGAAUAGAAACAUCUAUAAAGUAUAAUUUCCCCAAAUAAAUGUGACUGCCUAUAAGUAGCUGAUGCAUCACAGGUUUUAAUGGUCAUAUUUUUUCAAUAAUGAUUUCAGUAGCAGAAUAGCUAAACCAUGGUACAAGUGUGAUUCCACUGACAGUAAGUGAUAACAGAGAGUUUUCAAACAUUCUCUUGUCGCAAUGUGUUCUCACUCUGCACCCAACAAAAUACUUAAUAAGCUUCAUGUAGAUAAGACCAACAAUCACUGCCUGAUUUACUGUGAAAAAUACAUUGUUACACAUUGUUUUAUGUAAUAAUACAAUAAAAUACUAUUAUAACACCCUCAUGUGAUCAUGUGGCAGAGAUAUAUGUGGUUAACAGUGACAUGCAGAGAGAUUAAAAAUACUUUUUUUUUACACUGUCACACUGCAUUGACGUGUUAGAAACACAAAUAUAUCACAAUAUUUUAAGGCCAUGUUUCUGUGGUUAUGUGUGACAUACUGUAUGUAAUAUUUGUAAAGUUUAACACCUUCCUUACUACACUAUAUUUAUACUUCUUUAUGAAAAGACAGUAUGUUGAUGCCCUCUGUUGCCUACAGAAAGUAGCGCACCCUUUAGUCCUCUGUCAUUUGUUUCACUUUGGCUUAAACAAUGUUUUAACAGAAUGAUAAAAGUCUUAAAAAAAACAUGUUCUUUAAUCAGCAUGAUGGCUCAGGCAUAGGUUGGGGAUUUAGAGGCACGGACACUGACUGCAUGGUACCAGAAGUGAAAAUAAAAUCUCCUUUAAAAGCCAAAUUGAGUUAGGCUCAAUCAGGGAGUCAUGGACUUUCCAUUGCUCACAGGAUAAGACAUCAGUUGCAUCCAAUUAAAAUCCUAAAGCAUCUAAGGAGCUGCUAUUGCUAGUUACUCAUCAAACCUAAGUCACAUGGUCAUGCUUUCUUGUGCUUUGGCAAAGUGAGACGAUUAGGGUAAAGGAUGAUGAGGAAACUCCUUGGUUCCAGUUUGACCACCAAAGCAAGGGUUGCACUGGUAUUUGUUUAUGUGUUACCAAAUUGGCAAACUUGCACUGUGUCAAUCCUUCAAACAUCAUGAGAAUGAACAUUCUUCUAUAAUCCACUGAUACAAAUUUGACACGAGCAGCUCUAGACGCUCACGUUUCACUCAGCUUUAUGACCAAACAAGAGAAAGAUCAGGAAGUAUGAGCCCUUGUUAGGUCACCACUUCCCUUUAUUUUGACUCUAGAGGGUGUGCCACGUCCAUACUUGCUUUAUGUAAAAUAAAUGAUAAGAGAAAUCACAAUGUGAGCUUACGCCUUUUGCUAUUGUUGCAUAAUGUAAAGCAUUUAGUUGGGCCACGUGCCCACUCUAGUCCUCCCCUGCUUUUUGUAACACUUAACUGUGAACCUGUUAACAUUUGUACAGAUUGUAUUGUAUACUUAUUGUAUGUACUUAAAAAUCAUAUUGUUGUUAUAUUAACCUGCAGGCAUUUAGCUUAAUAUUCAUGUAGCAUGGUCUUACUGGUCUUUUAUAUUUCCCAAGCUGUUAAUAGUGAGGAUACAGAAACUUGUCUAUAUUUCAUUCAAUAAAGGUAGAGAAAAUGUA